UUGCUUUGUUAACGGACGUCCUGCCAGUUUAAUAGCUGUAUACAUGGGAAUAAUCUAUGCAGAACAUAUCGAUUGCACCUAUGUCAAAAAACGACAAAACUGAACGAUAUUGUCGAGAAGAUAUAACUGAACGCCAUUGCUCUCUUUUGCAAUCCUCAAUUUCUUCCUCAGAAAAAUUAUUCGUUCGUUACUUAUAUCUUAGUUCAGAUUGAAUCGACUAAGAUGAAGUCAAUUUUGAAAACAGCACUUGUUUUUGUUCUUUUUGAAGCCUAUUCAACCAAUGCGCUCCAAUUCGGGAUUCCCUUCGAAAAUUUCUACAACGAGUGUCCGUGUUUAAUGGCCCAUAGUGCCCCUAUCAAGACAGUCACAGCCAACAGUUUGAACCUGUGCUACUUGGCAUGCAUGACGGCGUCCGACUGCUACGCAUUUUCCUACUGUGAUAUUUCCAAACAGUGCAGCGUAUACAAUGGGGCUCAAACGGCUAUCAACAGCGAUACAUUUCCAUCCUUAGACUGCGAGGGAACACCUUCAGAGCCAGUAUCUUCAAACAGGAAAUGGUACUUGAGAUAUCGGAUAGAAAACGGACUAACCACCGGCUGCAGCCAUAUAAGACAAGCGGACCCAAAUAGUGCCGAUGGAUACUACGAAGUAAGAUUGCACGGAAUCAAAAUAACAGUUUUCUGUGUGAUGAGGGAACCAGAACAAAGCACCUUGACUUUUGUGGAUAUACAUGCUGAAACAACACUUUUCGAUGCAGCGGGAAAUCCGAAUUAUGUCAAGAAAGAAUUCACAAAAGCGCGCAUUAUCUAUAGUUCAUGUGUGGCGGGGCUGCAGGCAAACGCUUUCACAUUCUCCACACAGACAGGCAAUAACAAUCUCUUCAUCGAAUCCCAUGCAGGCAUAGCGCAAGGACGAAGCUGUGGAUCUGGUGUAGGAGAGGAGGGGAAAUCCAUUGUGGAUCUAACUGGCACCAGGUUGAAGAUUCCGGAGUGGCUAUCAUUCGAAUACAGAGGGGACAAUCCCUCAGGGGGCACCAAUAGCAGGAGUGAACAAUAUUUGGAUUCUUAUGGAGAGAUGCUAACAGUGGUGCAACAUGCGAGAAUACAGAACCAGAAGAUUGACAACGAGCGACAGAUAGGACAGAGAAAGGAGAGCAAAGAAAAGAUGAAACAUCAUAAUACCAGACUAGGCCCAGAAAACCCUUCGGCAAUGAAUAAACCGUUCAGCGGACAGUUUGCCGUUAUUAGUCAACCGAACGUGCCUCUAAGGUCCCAGUGGACACCCGCAGUCGCCCAAUCUCCUCAGCCGCAAGUCAUGACUCUAAAUAACCGAGUCCAAGCUUUGUCAGUCCUCAAAAAAGAUCUUGUUCCCGAAUGGGCGCUGGCCCAGUACGAUGCAAUGGCAGUCCGCUCCAAAUGGUUCGAGAACCUAGUCACUGGAAAAGCUAAGUUAGCCAUAGCGGGGUUCCUAUACAGUGGAAGAAAGUACAAAGAUGCUCUGAAAAUAAAAGAAAGAAAAAUGGGCGAGCCAGAAAACGUGAUUACGGCCAACCUUGAGGGUUUUCAAGUUUCUCUCAACUCAGAAUGCAUAAAUCUGUGA